GUUUGGGGAUUAGAGACACAGUCCUUAACAGAGAAGGAGGAGAAGAAGGAACAGAAGAAGAAGAGGAGGAGAAAAAGAAGGAGAAGGAAAAGAGGAGGAGAAGGAGACAAGGAAGGAGGAGAAGGAGAAGGAAGCAUAAAGAUUACAUACUGUAUAAUCUACGUAUCGUCUAAUUUUGGUCUAAAAUGGAAACUGAGAUCAAGACAAAUGAUAGCACCAAGACGGUCAGCAAGACCGAGGCAAAUAACUACAAAGAGGACAUCCCAGCUGAUCCGAAAACUGACAUGAAGGGCUCUAAGAAGUUAAGGUCUGCUUGUUCCCUGUCCAAACUGAAGGUAUUUUUAAUAUUAUUAUAUUUAGCUUAUCUGACCAAGACUAUGAGUGGGGCGUACAUAAACAGCAUGCUGACUCAGAUCGAGAGGCGUUUCAACAUCCCUGCCUAUCUGGUUGGAGUUAUCAAUGGAGCCUUCGAAAUGGGGGACCUGUUGGUGAUCGUCUUUGUGAGUUACUUGGGAUCAAAACUUCACAGGCCACGCAUGAUUGGGCUUGGAUGUGCAGCCAUGGGCUUGGGAUGUGUUUUGAUAGCACUGCCUCAUUUUCUAAUGGGGAGGUACCACUAUGAAAACACUGCUUCGUCUUCUGAAAAUGCUACUUCAAGUAUGGCAGUUUGCCUUGCAAAUCAAAGUGACAUGUUCCAAUCUCCCCUGUUACCUUCAAAAGAAUGUGAGGAACAAGAAGGAUCUCUGAUGUGGGUAUCUGUGCUGAUAGGAAACAUAAUACGAGGAAUAGGUGAAACGCCCAUCACACCUUUAGGCAUCUCCUACGUAGAAGAUUUUGCAAGAUCAGAAAAUUCUCCAUUCUACAUAGGCUGUCUACAAAUAGCAACUGUCUUAGGGCCUUUACUCGGUUUAAUGAUUGGCUCCUAUUGUGCCCAGUUGUAUGUGGAUAUUGGAUUCAUAAACCUGGAGGAGGUGAUGAUAAACCUCAUGGAUGCCCGUUGGGUCGGUGCUUGGUGGCUGGGAGUUCUAGUAUGUGCCUUUGCAAAUUUCCUUGUUGCAAUCCCUUUCUGCUUCUUGCCCAAGACUCUGAUUAAAGAAGGAGAGGAAAACAACACUGACGUAACAGCCAAGAGAAACAAAUCCCUCCUACAAGCAGAAAACACGAGCCAGGCUAAAAUAAAACUACGCGAACUUUCCAAGGAUUUUGUUCCUUACCUGAAGAGUCUAUUUCACAAUCGGGUUUACAUGCUUUUCCUUUGUAUUACCGUAUUUCAAUUCAGCGCUUGGAUCGGGAUGAUUACUUUUAUGCCCAAAUACUUGGAACAGCAGUAUGGAAUCUCUGCAUCGGACGCCAUUUUCUACAUAGGUGUCUACAAUUUACCAAUCAUAUGUGCUGGAUAUUUUUUUGGAGGCCUGAUGAUGAAGAAGUUCAAGAUAAACACAUAUCAAGCUGCCCACAUAGGGUUUUGGAGUUCCUUGAUCGAAUAUCUCAUCUAUUUCUCUGCUUUUGCUAUGUUCUGCAAGAACAGUUCCGUGGCUGGUUUAAGUGUCUCUUAUAAAGGGAUAGAAGAGCUGUCCUACACAGAUGCAUACUUGUAUGCUGACUGUAACCGUCACUGCAAUUGCUCUACAAAGACGUGGGACCCUGUUUGCGGGGAGAACGGAAUUACUUAUGUUUCAUCCUGCCUUGCUGGAUGUGGCGUAUCCAAUGGAACUGGGAAAAACACAGUCCUUACAAACUGUUCCUGCAUUUCAGCACCAGGAUUUCUAUUGGGAAAUGGUUCGGCAGUGCCAGGGCAGUGCAACAGAGGGAAGACAUGUGACACAAUGCUGCAUUACUUCUUAAUUUUAUCCUUAAUCUGCUGUUUGAUUUAUUCAUUUGGUGCCAUGCCAGGUUACAUGGUUCUCAUCAGAUCCCUAAAACCUGAGGAGAAGUCAUUUGGUGUUGGUCUCCACUCCCUGACAGAAAGACUUUUUGCUGGAAUCCCAUCACCAAUUUAUUUUGGAGCUAUGAUUGACAGCACAUGUUUGAAAUGGGGAACAAAGACAUGUGGUGGAAUAGGGGCAUGUCGGAUGUAUGAUACUGAGAAAUACAGAUUGUUAUACCUUGGAUUGCCAUCAGCUCUCCGUGGGGCGUCCUACAUCCCAUGUGUGUUUAUACUCCUCAUUUUAAGGAAACAGGCCAAGGAUCAGAAAAGGCAGGACCUAGAAUUGGAAGCCAAAGAAGAAGAAAGCGAAGAAACUGUGCAGAAGGAUACGGUCACUUUUCAGAAAUGUACAGAUCCCCAGCAAGAGACAGCAGAAACAACAGCGAAUGAAAACUCAGAGCCCCAAAAAGCCUGAUGAGGAAAAAAAAAAACUGUAUCCCAAAGCAAUGAGGGGUAGGCUGCCUUGAUGCCUUUAUGUUUCUCAUAACAAUAUUUGAGGAAUACACACAUUUAGUACUCCAGACAAUAGCGGGCUGGUACCUAAAAUAGGUACAUUUCUACUGUUAAGGUUGUAAGAAAUAUAUUAACUUCUAAUACCA